GUUUUCCUGUUUGAUUUUCGGGUUUUCCGUUGAAUCCUUCUGCUGAAGUAGCGCGAACGGGACUGCGAGAGCGGCUAGUUAGGAGGAGCUGGCGAGCGCUGCGUGUGGAAGGUUUGCUGAAGGGAACGAGGCGGGUCUCUGCAGAUGGAAACGAAGGCAGUCGUUCCUUAGCGCUUUUGCAAUUCAAAACACCACUGCAAAGUUCACGUGGCAGAGUGAAUACCAUGGCUUGUUCUCCAAGAACACCCCCUGCUCCCAAAAAGUCCACCCCCAAACGGGCCAGUCCCUUGUCUCCUGACCAGAAGGAUUCUACUCCUCUUCCUUCAGUCAAUGAGCGAUUGGCCUACCUCCGCCCCUCCCGGCAACUGCUGGAAUAUUACCGAAAGAAGAUUGCCCAGUUUGAUGAAGAACAUGAAGAGUUGGUUAGAAGGCUGGAGAAAUAUAAAGCAGCGUACGAUGAGCAGCACAAACUGCAAUGGGAAAUGCGUCAGCGGGAAGAAGAAAUUGCUGAGCUGCAGAAGGCUCUGAGCGACAUGCAAGUUUACCUCUUCCAGGAAAGGGAACAUGUGCUGCGUCUUUACGCUGAAAACGACCGGCUGAAAAUCAGGGAGCUUGAGGACAGGAAGAAGAUCCAGCAUCUUUUGGCUUUAGUAGGAACAGAUAAUGGUGAGAUCACCUAUUUUCACAAGGAACCACCUCACAAGGUGACUGUUUCUCAAAGACUAACCAAGAGCAGAGAUCCAUAUGAACCAAAUGAGAACAGCUCUCUAAAAACAGGUAUUAGAAGCUCUACUUCAAAGCCAACAGCAAAAGGAGGGACAUCAGAAAGUGCAGAGAGAUACCAGAGAGACAACCAGACGCUGCUAUUACAGGUGGAAGCCCUCCAGGCUCAACUGGAGGAGCAGGCUCGGCUUGCCAAAGAGCAGCUUGAAUCCUUGCUAGAAGACCGGCGUAUCCGUAUAGAAGAAGCUCAGGUUCAACAUCAGAGGGAUCAGGACAAGAUCAAAAACCUUACCGAAAAAUUCAACAAAGCUCAAAACUUGCUAUAUGAGAGCACCAGAGAUUUUCUGCAACUGAAAUUUGAGGCAAGGACAAAUGAAAAAUCCUGGAUGGCAGAGAAGGACCGGAUAUUAAGCAAGCUGGACAAAAGGGAAAAUGAGCCAAAACGAAGCAAAGUUCAUUGGGACAGUAACAGAACUCAAGGCCAUGCGAGGGGCCCGCCGGAUCUAGGCCAUGCGAGGGGCCCGCCAAUUCCAGGCCAUGCGAGGGGCCUGCUGGAUCCAGGCCAUGUGAGGGACCCACCGGAUCCAGGCCAUCCAAGGGGCCCGCCGAUUCCAGGCCAUGCGAGGGGCCCGCCGGAUCCAGGCCAUGCGAGGGGCCCGCUGAUUCCAGGCCAUGCAAGGGGCCCGCCGGAUCCAGGCCAUGCACGGGGCCCGCCGGAUCUAGGCCAUGUGAGGGGCCCGCCGAUUCCAGGCCAUGCAAGGGGCCUGCCGGGUCCAGGCAAUGCGCGGACACCGCCAGAUCCAGGCCAUGCACGGACACCGCCAGAUCCAGGCCAUGCCCAGAGCCUGCAGAACAGCAGUUGCAAUUGGCAAGAGGAGAGCAGUCAAGAUGGGUCCGAGAGCAGUCCUUGUCAGUAUAGCUUCAGCCAGAGGUUAGGAGGCUAUACGAAGAAGACAGGCAAGGCCAGGCAGACGCGCAAGGUCAAGCACAUCUCCCAAGCAGAGCAUGAAUUUUGCAAAGCGCAUAGUGCAGAUUUUAAGUCACUCCAAGGCCAGUUGGUGCAGGAGCAGCGAUUAGCCACCAUGUAUCGAGAGCAGUGUGUUUCCCUGGAAGAAGAACUGGCAAAGAUUCGAGAGGAAGGAGACGUAGGCCGAGAGCUCUUCAAGGAGCGCUCGGAAAAAAUGGGGAAGCGGCUUCAGCUGAUGACCCAGCGCUACGAGGCUUUGGAAAAACGGCGGGGCAUGGAAGUGGAAGGCUACAGGAAUGACAUCAGACAACUUUGGCAGAGGCUGAAGGAUGUGGAGAAGCAACUUCUCAAGGUGGUGAUGUCGGUUGGGCCAGACCAAGACCUUGCAGUUCUGCAUGAAAUUCGCCAAGGGAACCAGAAGACCAAGAAAGUUCAAGGGGAACUGAAAAACUUAAAGUCAAAAAUCUUCACCCUGGAAAAGGAGCUAAGAGUCUGUUGAGGAAGAUUGGCCAGUGAAGCCGGGUGCCACUUCAGCAUUCCUGUGGCAAAAAUGGGAGAUCAUAUCUGCUCACUGAAAACCAUGUACCUUGUGGUAACUCUAGGGUGUAGCUUUCUGCUCCUGGACUGAAUGGAUCUGAACAAACGUGAGUGAGGAGACUUGGAAAAGGUGUACACCUUGUUUAAUUUAAAAAAAACCCUGGCCCAGCUUUUACAUCCCAUUCCCUGUGACUUCAGUUUAUGACAGUAAAUACGAGGUUAAUGGUAACAUUGUUCCAAUAGACUAUACUUGUAGUCUGUAGGAAACUUUUUAAUCUGCUGAGAAUGGUGUCCAGUGAAAAGCUCUCCGGAAAGCUAUUUGUAUCCCUGUUAGCUACAGAGAAGGAAACAGCUUCUGUGAGUCCUUCUCCAGGAAUGACUCUGGAAGGAAAGCGUUCCUACACUGUGCCAUGGGGCCACCCUAUUAUCGUGUUUUCUUAACCAGAAGUCAUCCUUUCCAAUUCACUGCUUAUUUUGAGCUCCCUCAAGAACUACAGCCCAAUUCAAACCAUUUCCCUGGGAAAGAAAAUUGUGUAGAUCUAAGCAUGGUUUGCUUUCACAUAAGUACAUAGGACUGUAGCUUUAAAUGGUCUUUGCCCUACAUGACAGGACCGUGGGUGGUUUUGGGGGGAAAACAAUCCUUAGGGGGUUGAAUUGGGUCUUACUCCCAAGGUUGUACACAUAGAAUUAUAGCCUUAGUCACAGAAUUGAGUUUCAUAACGUUGCUUCAGACCACAGUUCCUAUUCAGAUCCUAACGUGUGAUAUUUUUAUUAUAGAAUGUCGUAGGGAGAUGAGAGACCAAACAACUGUUCCCCAAUGUAGUGUUAGCAUUGUCCCUUACUAUUUCUACCACCAGGACAUUUCUGCAACCUGUGAUGGAAGCCCUGUUGCAGACAAUCACUGGUCUUUCAACUUGAAUAUUAACCUAUCACUUCUCCACAGGAAAGUAUGAUGUAGGAAAAGCCAGUGGACUGAAGGUCAUAUGUCACUGUGCCAUCACUCAAGUAGGAAUGCAUUGGGAAGCCAUUACUUCAUUGAGCAUAUCUGUACCAGAGGCAUAUGCCAUUGUCAAAUAAAAUGAUGAUCUAAUUGCA